UUGUCAAAUUACACACGACGACUGGUUAUGGAAUUUUGAAUAUGUCGAUUAUUCGGAAUAUUAUUGGGCAUUUUAAAUAAAUUCUUGAAAAUGACCGAAGAUCAAGAUGCUAAAGACUCGCAAUCGGAUUCUGGUAUCAAAACUUUCACCUCUAAGAAUAAGGAUAAAAAGUUAAAACCGCAACGUCCGCUGACCAAAAUAGUGCUUCGGCGCCUGCCUCCAUCUAUGACAGAAGAAUCGUUCCUGGAACAGGUUUCUCCUAUUCCAGAGCAUGACCACUUUUAUUUUGCUAAGCCUGAUUCUUCAUUGGGGCAUAAUGUUUACUCGCGGGCCUACAUAAACUUUGUAAACGUUGAGGACAUAUACCUUUUUAGGGAUAAAUUUGAUGGCUAUAUAUUUUUAGAUGAGAAAGGUGUGGAGUAUGUAGGUAUUGUGGAAUAUGCGCUUUUCCAAAGAAUACCCAAAAAGAAAAAGAAAAAAGAUCCCAAGUGUGGUACUAUAGAGAGUGACCCCAUCUAUCAGGAAUUCAUUGAGAGCCUCAACAAGGAGCCAGAAACUGAAAAUCAACCAAAACUGGAGUAUUCAUAUCCAGUGAAUGAUGGAAAUGACAAAAAAGUGCAGUCUACACCUCUACUUGAGUAUCUGGCAGCCCGUAAACAGGACAAGCGCGGAAGAGACGAGCGCAGGAGAAGGGAAAAUGAUAAGAGGAAAAUGAGAAUCGAACGAAAGACUAAAGAAAUGCCUAUCAAGGAAGAGGAGACUGGAGAUGAAGUUAAAAAAAUAAAAUCACGUGAAUGGGAAAAAGAGAAAUCUUCGACAGAUUUGAAAGAUGAUUCUUCUAGAUCAGAAAAUAAAGAUGGAACUGUAUUUGAAUCUAAAAGUUACAGAGAUCAGCGUAAAAUUGAAAACAAAAUUGUUGGUGAUAAGAAAGUAAAGAAAACUGAUGUUGACAAGAAAGAUAUUUCUGGUAAAGACGGUGACUUAGAUGAAGAUUCGGACCGGGGACACAAAAAAGAUAAAAAAGACAAAUUAAAGGAGUCAGCACGAGAAAUUAAAAGUAAAAAAUACAGCGAAAUUAGGAAAGAGAGAAUCAAGCAGACUGAAUUUGUGAAAUCAGAAAAGCAAUCAGUAAUUAAUAAAAUAAUAUCAUCUGACGGGAAAUCUAAAUCUCUCAAUUAUGACGAUAUAAAACCUUUCACUCAGUUACCACAAGUGAAAACAGAUGAUUUGACAAAAAUAAUAGAGGGUAUGGAUAGAAAAAUGAAACUUGAUGAAGCUCAAAGAGAUCAUGAUGUAUCAGAGAAUACAUCUGCAUCCAAAAUAAGAAGGAGCAGUUUAGAAUCGGGAGAACUAUCCACGAAAGAAGAAGUCGUUUUAAAAAGGCAGAAAUCACUUGAUGACAGGAGCAAAUCGACAGACAGAGAAGGCUCUGAGGAAAAAGACAAGAGCGACGGUAGUGAUCGUCGCAUGGAGAAAAGGAUUAGAAAUAAGGAUCGCCCAAGCAUGGUCAUAUACCAACCAGGAAUGGGAAAAUUCAGCAAACAAAGAUUAGCGAAAGAAAAGGAGACACAACCACAGACUAAGCUGAUAAACGAUAGUGAAAAGAAAGACACCUGAGAAUAUGGUCACGCCACCCGAAAAUUGGACACCAUUUAACGGAAUCACCAGAAGCUGGCAUUCAAAACAUGUUCUUGGGGAAGUAGAAGAGGACAUAAUGAAUAUGCCAACUGAUGGACACUCUGUUCGAGUUUAUUAAGCUGUUGUUUUUAUUUCCUUAGUUAACAUACAGUGAUGGGAAGGCGAUGUUUUCACAAUCGGCAUAGCAUUCAGUGCUUCGUAUUUUUAUUUAGCUUGUGAUCAUUUAGUUCCGUUUGUUUAGUUCAUUUAAAUAUAAUUCGUUUCUUAAACU